UAAUAGCGGCAGAGAGGUGCGACAGAGGCAGGCAGCUGUGACGACAGAGACAACAAAAUCAAAGUUAACAACAAUAAAUAAAUAGAACAAUUUACCAUGUACACACUCCUACACGGCUUUUACAAAUACUUCACACAAAAGGAUGAGUACUGUGUUGUGAUCCUCGGCCUGGACAAUGCUGGCAAAACGACGUACCUGGAGGCGGCCAAAACCAAGUUCACAAAGAACUACAAGGGCCUCAAUCCAACGAAAAUCACAACGACAGUUGGCCUUAACAUCGGCACCAUCGAUGUGCAGGGUGUGCGGCUGAACUUCUGGGACCUGGGCGGCCAGCAAGAGCUGCAAUCGCUGUGGGACAAAUACUAUCAAGAGUCGCACGGCGUCAUCUAUGUGAUAGACUCGAAUGACCGGGAGCGCAUGGACGAGUCAAAGGUCAUUUUUGAUAAAAUGAUCAAAAAUGAGCUGCUCUCGGGCGUGCCACUGCUCAUACUGGCUAACAAGCAGGAUCUGCCCGAUGUGAUGGGCGUGCGCGAGAUUAAGCCAGUCUUCCAGCAGGCGGGGGCCCUAAUCGGUCGCCGUGACUGCCUCACCAUACCCGUCUCAGCCCUAACCGGUGAGGGUGUGGACGAGGGCAUCAAAUGGCUAGUGGAGGCCAUCAAGCGGCAUGCUUUAGUACGGCCGCCGCGAGAGAACGAUUGAAAGAUGCAACGAAACACGCCGGAUGCAAUAGCCGGGCAGCAGCCUUAGAUAGUUAUAGC